CGGGCUCCAGCUACAAACCCAUGCUAUGCUUGUAAGCCUUUUUCUUGGUCUCAUCCAUCAAAUUCCAGCUUUAGUAACAUUGACUUUCACAUCUUCUACCUCGGUUGAAGGAAACAACGAGGUGACAUGAAAAGCCAAGAUUUUUUAUUCUAAUCAUAUUGGGGCAAUUUGCCACUUUUAAAUCCAUUCAAAGCCUCGCAUUUCUUACCGUUUCUUGCUUUUGAUAUAGAUUGUGUUCUCAUUUGCAUUCGAGGAAGUUGCUUCCUGAAUUGAAACUCGUUAAUGUUAAAUGAAUGUUGUUCUAUGUUACGCAAAUUUAGAAACAGAAACCAAAUAGUUUCCAGGUCUUGGACUCUUUGAACUCUGAAGCUUUUGGUUUCUCUCACAAAAAUGGGUUCAGCGGUUUGGUUAUUUUUGCUUGUUGUUUCUGUUCAUAUCUAUAUCAUAGCAGCUGCAACUAACCCUGAUGAUGCAAGUGCUCUAAGAUCUCUCAUGGGUGAGUGGAAAAAUUUACCAUCUAAUUGGGGGAGUGGGGAUCCUUGUGAUGAUCAAUGGGUUGGAAUUGAGUGCAGUGACACACGUGUGAUCUCAUUGAAACUGCCAAACAUGAAAUUGGAGGGACGGCUGACAGGAGAUGUUUUCAGCCUAUCUGAAUUACAAGAAUUGGAUCUAUCUUACAAUGAAGGUAUCACGGGAUCUCUUCCCUCGGCGAUUGGAAAUUUAAAGAAGCUAAUAAAGUUGGUCUUGGUUGGUUGUCGAUUCUUCGGUCCAAUUCCUGAUACGAUAGGAUCUUUGCCACAGCUGAGGGACUUAUCUCUAAAUUCUAAUGGCUUCACUGGGUCUAUUCCACGGUCCAUUGGUAACCUUUCAAACCUUUAUUGGUUAGAUCUAGCUGACAAUCAGCUUGAUGGAGAAAUUCCAGUUUCAGAUGGACCGACUACACCAGGGCUUGACUGGUUGAUUAAUACCAAGCACUUCCAUUUUGGGAAGAAUCAACUCUCUGGUCCAAUUCCAUCUAAACUUUUCAGUUCAGAAAUGACUCUGAUACAUUUGCUAUUUGAAAGCAACAGGUUCUCUGGAGCUCUUCCUUCCACCCUUGGGCUCGUGAAUACUCUGGAGGUGAUACGCUUUGACAACAAUUCACUGAAUGGAGAACUUCCAUCGAAUCUCAACAAUCUUACAAGCGUUCACGAUCUGUUUUUGUCCAACAAUGAGCUGACUGGCCCUCUUCCUAACCUUACUGGCAUGAGCAGUUUGAACACCUUAUACUUCAGUAAUAAUAGUUUUAAUUCAACAGACGUUCCUUCAUGGUUUCCGACUCUGUCGUCCUUAACAACAUUAGUGAUGGAAGAUACUCAACUUACAGGUCAAAUUCCUGCCUCAUUCUUGAAUCUUCCACAGUUGGAAACUGUGAUACUAAAACACAAUGACCUUAAUGGUACCUUGGAUAUUGGCCCGGGAGUUAGCAACCAGCUGGAGACCAUAGAUUUGCAGGGUAAUUUCAUAACAGAUUUUAAUGACACUGGUGGACCAUACACAUUCAAGCUGAUACUUGUAGAUAAUCCAGUGUGCCCGACAAGAGCAGCAAACACUUACUGUACAUUACCGCCACCAGAUUCCGUGCCUUUGUAUUCAACCGUUCCUAUGAACUGUCAGCCUUAUUCAUGCAGUUCUGGUCAAAUUUCCAGCCCCAUGUGCAGAUGUGCCUAUCCAUAUUCAGGGACACUACAAUUCAGAGGCCUUUUCUUCUCCGACUUGCGAAACCGAACUCCGUUCGAAAGUUUUGAGCAGAACUUGACACAGUUUUUCAAGAUGCCUGAAUUUCCUGUGGAUUCUGUUUCACUAAAAAAUCCACGGAUGGACCCAUAUCAGUAUCUUCUCUUGGACCUUGAAUUAUUUCCAUACAGCCAAGAUAGAUUCAAUAGAAGUGCAGUUUCUAAGAUUGCAUCUGCCUUUAGCAGCCAGGAUUACAAGCCACCUGACAUGUACUUUGGACCUUAUGUUUUUGGGGGUGACCCAUAUGAGUACUUUUCUGAUGUAGCUGCACACUCAAGCAAAUCAAGUACCGGCAUCACAAUAGGAGCGGCAGCUGGUGCUUCGGUGCUUUUUGUACUAUUAGUGUUUGCUGGGAUUUAUGCUUAUCGUCAGAGGAAGAGAGCACAAAGAGCAACCUUAGAAAGCAACCCUUUUGCACACUGGGAUCCUAAGAAGAGCAGUGGUAGCAUUCCUCAGUUAAAAGGAGCAAGAUGCUUCUCUUUUGAAGAGCUUAAGAAAUACACGCACAAUUUUUCAGAUGCCAAUGAUAUCGGAUCAGGGGGUUUCGGAAAGGUUUAUAGAGGAACUCUCUCCACUGGGGAGCUCGUUGCCAUCAAACGAGCUCAGCAAGGAUCUAUGCAGGGGGGGCUCGAAUUCAAAACAGAGAUUGAGCUUCUAUCUAGAGUUCAUCAUAAAAAUGUUGUUAGUCUAUUGGGAUUUUGUUUUGAGCGAGGUGAACAAAUGCUAAUAUAUGAGUAUGUUCCUAAUGGCUCACUUAGUGACAGUCUGUCAGGGAAGUCGGGAAUCAGAUUGGACUGGAGCAGGAGACUUAAAAUAGCCAUUGGUGCAGCUAGAGGAGUGGCAUAUCUUCAUGAGCUCGCGAAUCCUCCCAUAAUUCACAGGGACAUCAAGUCCGAUAACAUCUUAUUAGAUGAACUCUUAAAUGCUAAAGUUGCUGAUUUUGGCCUCUCCAAACUUAUGAGUGACGGUGAGAAGAGUCAUGUUAGUACUCAAGUGAAGGGUACAAUGGGUUAUUUGGAUCCUGAAUAUUACAUGUCCCAACAGUUAACUGAGAAGAGCGAUGUUUAUAGCUUUGGAGUGCUGAUGCUGGAAAUAGUAACUUCAAGAAGACCAAUAGAGCGAGGGAAAUAUAUAGUAAGGGAGGUGAGAAUGUCGAUGGACAAAUCAAAAAGCCUUUAUAAUCUCCAACAGAUUCUGGACCAAUCUAUUGGUUUCGGUACUUCAUCCAAAGGCCUGGAAAGGUUUGUAGACCUGGCAAUGAGGUGUGUUGAAGAAUCAGGAGCUGACAGGCCUACAAUGGGCGAAGUGGUGAAGGAGAUUGAAGACAUUAUGCAGAUGUCCGGCAUGAACCCGAACGCCGAAUCGGCAGCAAGCUCGGCAACAUAUGAGGAUGCAGCUAAGGGAACUGAUAUCCAUCCGUACAGCGACGAGUCUUUUACUUAUAGUGGAGCCUUCCCUGUCUCUGUUACCAAGAUACAGCCCCAUUGAAUGUGGGUUUCUUUUACCAUGUUUUAUCAGCAAUGAACCUAUCAACAGUGAGAGCUGCUUCUGUUUUGUCUUCUUUUUCCUUUUUUAUCCUUCCCAUGGAAUGGGCGACAGACAAACUUAAUUAUGUGGGAUCUUAUUUUUGUUUGAUGAAUAUUAUGAUGAAACUGUAAUUAGAAGGAUUCGUUUUAUGUAAAUAGGUAAUUCAACUGUUGAUUCGAAAU